AUGCUCUGUUCUCUGCCGUCCCCCGUCUCCCCCGUCUCGCCCGUCGCCGUCUCUUCAAACCCCAGCCUGCCCCCUCGCAUUCUCUCCGCUUCUUCCCGCCUCACCGUUCUUCCCCCUUCCGCCUCACCCGCUCCACCGUUUCUUCCCCGUGCGCGCAUUCCCUCGCGCCCCUCGCCUCCCGUGACCGCCGCCGUCCCACCAUGCGGCAGAGAGCGCUCGACGCGCGCGCGGGGGGGAGUGGCGGCGAGGAGGAGGGCAACAGUGGUCACGGCGCACGUAGCGGGCGGGGGAAGUGGCGGAGACGAUGAGGGGGAAGGCAUGGCGGUGGCAGGCAGCGCGAACCUUUGCGUGUUCCCCCUCAGGUGCGCUCGUGUUGGGGAAGCGGCGGAUUACGCUUAUGGUUCGAGCGGCGUGUUCGAGCCGCGCAUGCUGCAGCUGAUGGACGUGAUCACGUACGUGGCGGCGUCCCCCCCCUCUCCCCCCUCCUUGCUGCCGCGCUUCGCCCUGCUGCCCUCCGCCUGGACCACCGCGCUCGCCGCCGCUGCAGCCACGCAGCAGGGGGGCAGCGUUGCAUGGCAGGGGGGAGGAGGGUUGGCCGGCGGGGGUGCUUUCACGUGGGAAGGGGAGCUGCGUGGGGAAGGGGAGGACGGAGGGGGGUCGACGUGGUUUGGAGGUGGGGGGCGAGGGGGCAGAGACGGGGGUGCGGAGGAGGGGAUGGGGCAAGGCAGUGGGAAGUGGAGGAGUAUGGAGGAGGUGAUGAGAGAUGCGCCUGUGGGCUGUUGCUGUGUGCUGCACUCGUCGCACACAGCGCCAGACGACUCUCGCCUGGUGACGUACGAGGCGACUCACCGCAUUGUCCCGCGUGCCAUGCGCCGCGCGCACCCCUUCCUCGUGCUGCUCUGCCACCCGCUGCACGACCACCCGCCACUGCCCGUCACAGCACCAGCCCCGGCAGCGCAGCUGUACGCGGGGCAGGUAGACGCGGCAGAGAGGCAUGUGUGGGAGCAGCUUAAAGAGGUCGCCUGGCUCUCUGCCGUCCUAGCCCGCACCGGCACCUCCUCCUCUUCCUCGGACAGCCAGCAUGAGCAGCAGCAGGGGGCAGGGGGGGCACGGGAUGGCGCCCCGCCGCCGUCUGCUGCGGCGUCGCUGCUGCCCGCGGCUGUGCUUCGCUUUGGCCCCGAUGCCAUGUCCGGCACCUCUCGCCGCGCCAACACCACCGCCCAGGCAGCCAUCUCAACGUGGAGGAGCAUGAAGGGCCCAAUGGCCUUGAAGCGGUCGGGCGGUGAGGUGAAGACGGCGAGCAGCGGGGGCAGCGCUGCAGGGGGGGCUGCAGGGGCGGAGGGGGCGUGGAAUGACCCGUACUGGGUGGCACGCGAAGCACUCAGCAAGGCGCGGCGGCAAGAGGCGUUCUCGUUCGCUGCCGCUGACAUGGUGGAGUUGGAGCAGCAGCAUCGCAACCUGCUGCUGGCCAUGACAUGCACGCUGGAGCGAUUGCUAUGG